ACCGCCGUCUACUACUACCAUCGUAUAGCUUGCAACUCAUCCUCAUGUACCUUCGCUGAAAUGGCAAGUAAUGGCGUGAAAUCGCGUACCGGCGAAUCUCCAGCACACUCUCGCGAAUCGACGGAGAGCUCGCGGCGUUCCUUCGACAGUAAUUCAGGCCGCAUUAUACCAUCGCCCGCUGGCACCGGAUUAGAGGGCGACAAUGCCAAUGGCGGCGGGAAGGAAUCUCAGAAUGAAGAAGAGCUGCGUCAGGAGUUAGCUCGAGUCAGAGAAGAGAAGGAUGAGCUGGACACCAAAUAUCAGGGUCUGCUCACAAAGUUGAAUCAAAUGCGGACUACGUUAGGCACCAAGAUCAAACAGGAUGCUGAAGAGCUCGACAGAAGGGAACAGCUCCUCCAGCAGUUGAAUGCCGAGAACGAGGACCUGGCUGCGACAGUCGAAACCCUCAAAUCCGAACUCAUAUCCGCGAACGAGGAAUCGGAACGGCAUGCUCGCGAAUUGGACCGUAUACGAAGCCAGGCGCUGCAGGAGAGCGCGCAGGAGACGCUUUCCCGGGAACGCGAACUGAGGGAGACCCAGGCGGAACUGGAGCGAGUGAGGAUGGAGAGGGAGGAAUGGGAGAGGGAAGCGGCGCAGGGACGAUUGAGGGAGGAGGAAGCGAGGGCAGAUCUGGACGCGUUCAGGAAGGAAUGGGAGAUGGAGCGGGAGGCGCACAACAGGGAGGCGGAGGAGCUUGCGCGCGAAAGGGAGAAGGCCGCGAAUCUGCAAUCCGUGCUAGAAGACUUUCAAUCUGCGAAAGAUCGCGAAAUCCGGACGGCUGUGGCAGAUUUGGAAUCUCGGCUCGUUCAAGUCACGCAAUCAUUGGCAGAAUAUAAACAUCGUGCACACACUGCCGAGAUGCGAAUUGAAGAGACAUCGACAGACACCAGUCUCGUUCAGGACCUCCAGAGGAAGCUCAAGGAGAAGGAAGUCCUCACUGAGAAGUUGCGGCAUGAAGCCGUCAUCAUCAAUGAACAUCUGCUUGAAGCUCUCCGUCGACUGCGCAAAACUUCAUCCGAGACGAACGUCGAUCGUCGGCUAGUCACGAAUAUCGUCCUGCAAUACAUCACGACACCCCGCGGAGAUAGCAAGCGCUACGAGAUGCUGUCAUUGCUAGCGACGAUCCUGUCUUGGAAUGACGCCGAGAGGGAAAGAGCUGGAUUGCAGCGGACGGGCUCUGCUGGACCACCACCUCCUAUAGGGCAACGCACCGCCAGCGGCCAGACUCCGAGCAAAGGUGAUCUGGACAAGACCGACGUCACGGAGUCCUUCUCCAAGCUUUGGGUCGAGUUCCUUCUGACAGAAGCUAACUCUGCGACGGGCGAUACCUCGCCGUCGGCGAUCAGGACCCCUUCACGUUCGAGCUUCUCGUUGUCCGUACCGGGUUCACCUACGACGGCAAAGCUCUCCCCGACGCAGUCCACGCCGCAGCUGCCGAAGCUGUCCCCAAAGGAACAACAUCAACGCUUAGGCGUCACGUCUACGAGCGGAAGCAGUUGGCGGUUGCCUUCGUGGAGUUCCAAGUCCGAUGUGCAGCUUAGUGCACCGCCUCCAGGGCCAGGCAGGAAGAAUGGUGCUGGAGAGGCUCAUGAAGAGGCUCCGUGACACUGAGACAAUCAGCGUAUUGUUGUUUUUAGCUACAUCCAUUC